AUGAAACCGUCGGGAGGAGCCGCGUCGCUGAGCAAGAGCCACUCGCUCUCCUCACACGAUGCUUCCGAGAAGUUUCAACAACACCCGCAAAAUCCUUCCCGUGUCGUCCUCCAUCCCUCAAGAGCGAAGCAGUCAGGAGGAGCCGCGUCGCUCAGCAAAAGCCAUUCCGUCUCUUCGUUUAUCGUGCUAGAUGCCCCCUCCCUUCACAAUAGUCACAGCAAGUACAAGCACGAUCGGGGCCCGUCGUGGUCUCUCCUCGUCCUUGCCUGCGCGCUCACCGCAAUUGUCUCCAGCCUCGCGGGGUCCUACACUUCGUACGCGUUAACGAGGAAUUCGUUACAGGUCACGGAUAUUUCCGUAGCGGCUUACUCGUCUAACUCCUUCGACCCCACCGUUGGACUGUCCACUGUCACUCUCCCUGCCGGCACAACAGCCGUCAAAACCGCCGGGAAAGCCGCCGCGAAAGCCGCCGUUGAAUCCGCCGUCACUUCCAGCGAGACCAGAGGAGAUCAACGGGCAGAAGACGACGCGGUGCCGCUGUACUCGCCAAAAGCGUCCCUGUUAUCGCGCUACGCGGACCUCAUCGGACCGAGCAGUCGCAGACGCGACGCCGGCGCUGGGAGCGGAAAUCGCGGCGGGAAUCACGAGGCUGACUGGGUCCGGCGGCUGGUUGAGUCAGCAAAAGUCAACGGCAGUCUUUCUGGUCAGCAGAGGGCCAGCGCAGUGCCACCCGUAGUCGUGAAAGGCGGGCAGAAGCGGAACGAGUCCAUGGUUGUUCUUGUAACGGGGGCUGCCGGAUUCAUCGGGUCGCACCUCGCGCUUGCUCUUAAAAAGGAGGGUCACGGGGUGGUGGGUCUGGACAACUUUAACGACUACUAUGAUACUACGCUGAAGGAAGUGCGCGCGGCGCGGCUCUGGUCUGCGGGGAUUGAGAUUAUCCGAGGUGACUUGAACAACGGCACGAUUCUCGAUGCGCUGUUCGGUACAGUCACAUUCACCCACGUGGCACAUAUGGCGGCGCAAGCGGGAGUUCGGUACGCGUUGGAGAAUCCAAAAUCCUACGUGGACAGCAACGUCGCAGGGUUCGUGAAUCUGCUGGAGAGGUGUCGCAGGGUGCCUGUGCGACAGCCUGCGAUCGUCUGGGCGUCGUCCAGCAGCGUGUACGGCGUGAAUCGCGAGAGCUUCCAUACCCCCUCAUCCUUCAAUGUCCACACUCUCCCCUUCGUCCCCCUUUUCCCCCCACCCUCUCUCACCCCUUAUUCUCUCUCCCCCCCCCCCCUUCACCUUCACCCCGUGUGCUUCUGA